AUGAAUACUUUGAAACAAGCUCGUGGACACUUCAAACGUGCUAUUACUCGCGCGCAUACGUUUAUUAUCGAGGCGAAAGUUGAUGAUAUCGAAAUUUUAAAAACGCGUUUGGAACGUUUGGAGGAAUCAUGGAAGUCUUUUUGUUUGAAUCAAAUCGAACUAUUUCAAUAUUCCGAGGAAGAGGGUUACGUCGACCCUGAAAUUGAUUUUGAAACCACCGAAAAUAAAUAUUUGGAAGCAAAAAGUGCCUUUUUGAAAGCUAUCCAAAACAAUACGCCUUCGCUUCCUCCAACGGUUUCAAAUAGUAGCGCUAAUAAUAAUGUCGACUCUUUGGUUGGACAAAAUUGCUCAUUUGCCCUUUCUGCGGCCAAGAUUUGUUCGGAAAUUGAACUACCGAAAUUUAAGAUACCGCCAUUUAGUGGCGAUUAUCGACAAUGGCCAGAAUUUCGUGAUAUGUUUUUAGGGAGUAUUGAUUGCAAAAAACUCACUGGUGCUCAGAAGAUGCGAUAUUUGAAAUCCUUUUUAGAAAACGACGCCGCGAAACUUCUUAACGGUAUUGAGAUUUCGGACGCGAAUUAUGAACAAGCGUGGGAAAAACUGGAACACCGUUAUGAUAAACCGUUAUACAUUGUUAACAGUUAUAUCGAAAGUUUUUUAAAAAUUUCCAACGUAGCGAUCGCGGAUAGUGGACACUUGCGUCGGUUAGUGGACAAGUCGGACGAGGUGAUUCGUGGUUUAAAAGCGGUUAAGGCUGAAGGGAGAGAUCCGUGGCUUACAUACAUUUUGCUCGAAAAACUAGACUUUGAUACGCGAAAGGCUUGGUCUCUUCACACAAACCAUUCGGAAUCGGAAACUAUAGAUACGUUUCUUGAGUUUUUGGGGAAACGAAGCGAUGCUUUGGAAGCAUGUGCUAAGCCAAAUGAAUCGAAAUCGUCGGGAAAUAGACAGAAAACGCGCCCUUCGAAUAAUAUAAAGAGUCUUGCGGUUGCCAAACAGUUAUGUCCCAUGUGUAAGGAAAAUCACGUCCUUUCACAGUGUUCUAAAUUUAUUGAGUUGCCCAUUUCGUCACGUCGUUCCUUUGCUCGAGACCAAAAGUUGUGUUACCGAUGUUUAGGAACUAAUCACUCGGCUUCGCGUUGUCGUUCGAAGAAUCAUUGUCCUCAUUGUGGCGUUCGUCACCAUGUUCUCGUGCACAUGGAUUCGUCAUCAUCGGUUGUUGAACCCGACAAAUUGAAUUUGAACGUCGGGAAAGCUUCAACAUCUAAUGCUGUUUCGAUUGCUAGUCAUCAUUCUCAUAAUGAAGUUCGGCCAUCUGGGAUUUUGCCCACUGUUGUUGCGCAGGUCAUGAAUGCAUCGGGACAAUUUUACAAAUGUCGCAUGCUGCUAGACACUGGAUCUCAAGCAUCUUUUAUUACGGAAAAUUUAGUGAGGAAAUUAGGUCUUAGCCGUCGCCAUGCUCGUCUUCCUAUAUCAGGCAUAUCUUCGAUAGAAGCUUGUGUUACUCAGGGUGUCGUUUCGCUCAAUCUUAGAUCUUGCGUUGAUUUAAAUGAUGUGGAAGUUGACGCUUUCAUUUUGAAUCGCAUAACUACGAAUACCCCUUUGAAAUCGUUUCGGAUUGAUCAAUCAUUGCUCUUGGGUGAUUUAAAGUUGGCUGAUCCAGGCUUUAACAAACCAGGUCCCAUUGAUAUUUUGCUCGGAUCUGAUAAGGCUUGGAGUAUUUUGCGUGAGGGUAGAAGAACGGACGAAGCUGGUAAUUUGGUUGCUCAUAAUACACUUUUUGGAUGGGUGAUAACUGGUUGUACUCCCAACGAAGGUUUUGUUUCGCUACGAGUUGGAAUUGAUGAGGAUGUUGAUGUACUUUUAAGGUCCUUUUGGGAAGUUGAAGAGAUUGAUCCUAAAUUGCAUUCAUCGGACUCAGGUGAUUUCGUAGACACCCAUUUUGUUAAUACAUUUUCGCGUGCGCCCGACAGCAAAUACAUUGUUGAACUUCCUUUUCGCCAAAAGGACAUCGUUUUUAGUAACACCCUCUCCGGAGCUUUGUCCAGAUUGUUCUCAAUGGAACGCCGUUUUGCUCGUCAGCCAAAUCUACAGUUUGAAUAUUGUUGUUUUAUGAGGGCAUAUUUGCAAUUAGGUCAUAUGGAGAAAAUUCCGGAAGCUGAGAUUGAACCAUCUUCGGGGAAGGUUUAUUAUUUGCCGCAUCAUGCAGUGGUUACAAACAAGCUACGCGUUGUCUUUGAUGGGUCUCAUCGAGAUGGAAAGGGUGUUAGUCUAAAUGAGGUCCUCCAUGUAGGGCCUCCUCUCCAGCGGAACCUCAUCAACGUUUGCUUGCGGUUUAGGGUGCACAAAUAUGUUUUUGGAGCUGAUAUCGUAAAGAUGUUCAGGCAAAUUUGGAUUGACCCAAAUCAUAGGGAUUUUCAGCGUAUUGUGUGGCGAGAGAAUUCUACGGAACCAGUUAGUCAUUACCGAUUGCGUACCGUCACUUACGGUACUUCACCUGCUCCUUUUUUGGCAAUGAGAGUUUUGAAACAGCUUGCCUUGGAAUACAAGAAACAGUUUCCUAUUGCUUCUCUCUCUAUUUUGCAUGAUUGUUAUGUUGAUGACAUCAUGACCGGGGCAGAAUCUGUUACUAAAAUUUUGGAGCUUAAAAAUGAGCUCGUUAAUCUGUUGGCUUGUGGCGGCUUAGAGUUAAGCAAAUGGAGUUCUAAUUGUUGGCCAGUCUUAGAAGGAACUAGUUCGGAACCCACAAUUUCUCUUGACCGUGACUCCUCUAAUAAUUGGACAAAGGUACUUGGAUUAAUUUGGAAUCCUCAUCGGGACAUUUUAUCUUACAAAAUCUCUAUGAAUGAUUCGUCGUCAACACCCACAAAGAGGAAACUGUUGUCAGAGAUUUCCAAAAUCUUUGAUCCACUUGGCUUUCUGGCUCCUUCUACAAUUUUGUUAAAAAUGCUAUUCCAGGAGUUAUGGGCGCAUUCAAUGAAAAUAGGAUGGGAUGAUCCCCUUCCUACUGAGGUAGCCGAAAAAUGGAUUUUGUACCGAGAAGAAUUGUUUUUGUUUGAAAAAAUUGAGAUUUUGCGAAGAUGUACUUUCAGUGCUGGUGGCUUAGAAUUGAUAGGUUUUUCUGAUGCGUCCGAGAAAGCAUACUCAGCGGUGGUGUACGCUAGAAGUUUUUCUGAAGACGGCCAAAUCGAAGUUCAACUUAUUUCUGCGAAAACUCGGGUCGCUCCAAUUAAACAACUUAGCAUUCCCCGUCUUGAGCUAUGUGGAGCUCUGCUUCUUAGUCGUUUGGUGCAACUUGUUCGGAAUUCUUUAAAUUGUAAAAUUAGUCAAACCUUUGCCUUUUGUGAUUCGCAAAUCGUGCUAGCCUGGUUGUCCGCUCCACCUCGUCGUUGGAAUACCUUUGUCGCUAAUCGCACCUCAGAAAUACUUGGUAUUCUACCCCGCUCUAAUUGGAACUAUAUUCGCUCUGAGGAAAAUCCAGCGGAUUGCGCAUCGCGAGGGGUAAUGCCAAGUAAAUUACUCAAUUUGGAAAUUUGGUGGAAAGGGCCGAAAUGGCUUUCAAAAAACUUUGAGUGUUGGGAUAUUGCUGCAGAGAGCGAAGAACUUAAAGAGGUACCGGAAAGUAGGAGGCAAAUUGUAGUUGCCAAUGUUUCGUGUGCCCAUGAAGACUUCCUGGAUAGGCUUUGUAAACGCAUUUCUUCGUGGGAUUGUGUAAUUCGUAUUGUAGCAGUAUUUGUUCGCCGAGCUAAAAACGGAAAACUUCCGGUUGAAGAACGAGUUCGAGGAUACCUUCGCUCCUCCGAAUUGCUUUAUGCGAAGCAAAAAUGUUUGAAGUGGGCUCAGAAAGAGUUUGAACCAGAUAAAGCGUCCCUAAAAGCAGAGAAAUCUGUCUUGUAUUCUUCCAAACUUUCUUCGUUGGCUCCUUUUGUUGACCAUGAUGGCCUACUUCGUGUUGGAGGUAGAAUUUCGAAGGCUGUCAAUGCUACUUUUAGCAUGAAACAUCCUGUGAUAUUGCCGAAAAAUCAUCAAAUAUCAAAACUUAUUCUAACUAGCUUUCAUUUAAGAUUUCUGCAUGCCGGUGUAUCGGAGCUUUUCUCCAUAGUUCGCCAGGAGUUUUGGAUUUUGGGAAGUAGAAAUCUCAUAAGGAAGGUGGUUCAUGAUUGCAUUGGCUGUUUCCGUCAACGCCAAGCCACAUCACAGCAGCUGAUGGGAGAUCUACCUUCUUCUCGGCUUUCACCAUCCUUCGCCUUUGACCAAACUGGAUGUGACUAUGCAGGGCCCAUCACUCUUCGCUUAGCCAGAGGAAGAAAUCCCAAAUUUGUAAAGGGCUACUUCGCGAUCUUUGUAUGCAUGACAACAAAGGCAUUGCAUUUGGAAGUGGUUAGCGAUCUGUCCACGGAUGCGUUCUUAGCGGCCUUGAGGAGAUUCAUCGCUAGAAGGGGGAAGUGUAGUAUUAUCUACUCGGACAACGGUACUAACUUCCGUGGAGCUGCAAGCAACCUAUCGGAUUGGUACAAUUUGGUUCGGUCCGAAAACCAUAAUGCACAAAUAUCAAGGACGUUAGCAGCUGACAGCAUAAGGUGGGAGUUUAUUCCACCACACAGCCCGCAUUUUGGAGGGCUUUGGGAAGCGGGCGUUAAAAGUGUUAAAACUCAUCUUCGUCGUGUUAUAGGGAACAAUAUUUUGACCUUUGAGGAAAUGACAACUUUGCUCUCUCAAAUUGAAGCCUUGUUAAAUUCUAGGCCACUUUGUUCUAUUUCCGAUUCUGAUUUGAACCCUCUAACUCCGUCUCAUUUUCUUAUAGGCCGACCGUACACAGCAAUUCCGGAGCCAAACUACCUUGAAGUUCCAGAAAAUCGACUUGGAAGAUGGCAGCUAGCACAAAACAUGCUGCAAGGAUUUUGGCGGCGUUGGCACAGCGAAUAUCUCACAUCAUUGCAACAACGUCCAAAAUGGCACAAGAAGACCAAAAACUUCGAAGUCGGUGACUUGGUUGUCGUCAAGGAACAAAAUUUGCCUCCAUCAAAAUGGGCUUUAGGACGAAUCGAAAUUCUUCACCCAGGGGAUGACGGCCUUGUAAGAGUGGUAUCUCUUCGAACCAAAAAUGGCAUCUUUCAACGCCCAAUAACAAAGCUGGCAAUCUUACCAUGUUCCUGA